AUGGCGAAUCAAGGAGCUAAGAAGAGGAAAGAUGAGAACGCUCGACACAUGGCUAAGCUCCGUCGUAUCAUCAUCGCUUGCAACGUUGUGUACGUGAUAGUGAGGAUGGUGAUUUUCUAUUCGAGCUUUACGUGGAAACAUUGGAUUGGUCUUGUGGUAACGUCUCUUGGUUACGCCGUUCCUUAUAAGUUUCUCGAUGGGAUGGCGAAGCCUAGUGUUGGUGAUGAUGGCGAGCUUAUUGAUGGUGGGUUUGACAUGAGCACUGGUGGUAUUUGUGGAUAUUUGCACGAUGUACUCUACAUCACUUGCUUCGUGCAGCUAGCAUCUAUCAUCUCUGGAAAGUUUUGGUACGCAUAUCUAGUGAUUCCUGCAUUUGGAGCAUACAAAGCUUCUGGACUUAUUAGAGGAUUCAUGUCACAAGGUUCAGAGGGAGGUGUGGAGGAUGAGAAAACUCGCAAGAAGAGGGAGAAAAUGGAGAGAAAAGCUUCUAGAGGGCAAGUCGUCAGGACAAGAACACGAUGA